GUAACUAUUAUAGAGUUCCCUAUAGAACGAUUCUUCACUCCGUGGAGAAGGCCCUCUACCCCCUAAGAUUAAUGGUAUUUUCAAUUUUGCUUUGAUGAGCAAUACAAAGAGAGAAGAAGCUUACGGUUUUCUUCUGAGAGGUAGAAGAUCUGUGAGUCUACCUAGUUCAUAAGACAACUUCACAGGAAAGGAAUAUCUUUUACUUGGGGAGUGGAUUGGGAGUGUACAGAAAGCUGGUCUUUAGUGCUAGAAAAUUUCAUAGAAGAAAGACUCCUUCAAGUCUUCUCAACACACCCUUUCAGGGUUUAAAGAAAUAAAUUGGGUUUUAGCCCCUAGUUUUGUGCUGACCAAGUAGCAAUAGGUGAUUACAAAUUGAAUGGAGACAUCAAUUUAGCAGUUUAGCUAGAACUGAAUUUGUUUCCUUCUUUUGCUUGUUUGUUUUAUUCUCUGAAUUUAUUAGAUAGCCGGUGUUUAAGAUGUCAUUGAUGUCGGAAAAAGGCAUCUUUACCUCGAGGUUUCUUUUCUUUAUAAUAACCAUCUCAAUGUUUCUUUUGAUCCUUUCUUCUAUGUUUCUUCUUCAAUUUGGCAAUAAAUAUCUUCUUCCUCGCUCGGUUUUCAAAUUUAUUCUUCUUAAUGGCACGUCGGUUUACUUAAAAUCCAAUGUCAAAAGUGAGCAAAUAAAAUUACCUUUCUUCUCCUCUGAGUCUUCACAAGUUGAUGCACAAAUACCAAUAAAAAAUGGAGAGUUGUCUUGUCAGAAAUCCAGUUAUGGGAAGAACAUGUGUGCUUCUUGGCAGCAAAAAGUCGAGUCCUGCGACACCAGUCAGGCUCUUUUAAGGGUAUAUAUGUAUGACUUGCCUUCUGAAUUUCACUUUGGGUUAUUGGGUUGGAAAGGAAAAUCAAAUCAAAUGUGGCCGGAUGUAAGCAACCCAAAUAGAAUCCCACCAUACCCUGGAGGGUUGAAUCUACAGCAUAGCAUGGAGUACUGGCUCACCCUUGAUCUUCUAUCUUCAAACACACCAAAUGUGGUCAGACCAUGUGCUGCAAUGAGAGUGAAGAAUUCAACUCAAGCAGAUAUAAUUUUUGUGCCAUUCUUUUCAUCUCUCAGUUACAACCGGCAUUCCAAGCUUAGAGGAAAGGAGAAAGUUAGUGUUAAUCAAAUGUUGCAGAAUAAAUUAGUUCAGUUUCUUACCACGCAGGAUGAAUGGAAGCGAUUUGGUGGGAAGGACCACUUAAUUGUGGCCCAUCAUCCAAAUAGCAUGUUGGAUGUAAGAGGGAAAUUAGGUUCUGCAAUGUUUGUUCUCGCAGAUUUUGGGAGAUACCCUAAUGAAAUAGCAAAUCUCGAGAAGGAUAUAAUAGCUCCUUAUAGGCAUGUCGUGAGGACCAUUCCCAGUGCUGAUUCAGCCCCAUUCGAUAAACGCCCAAUAUUGGUCUAUUUCCAAGGAGCAAUAUACAGGAAAGACGGAGGAGCCAUUCGCCAAGAACUGUAUUACCUUCUCAAAGAUGAGAAAGAUGUACACUUUGCUUUUGGCACCAUUCAAGGGAAUGGAGUCAACCAGGCCGGGCAAGGGAUGGCCUCAUCCAAAUUCUGCCUCAAUAUUGCUGGUGAUACGCCUUCUUCAAAUCGCCUGUUUGAUGCUAUUGUCAGCCAUUGUGUUCCUGUGAUUAUAAGUGACGAGAUUGAGCUACCAUUUGAAGAUGUCAUCGACUACUCAGAAUUUUGCAUAUUUGUUCGUGCAUCAGAUGCUGUGAAGAAAGGAUACCUACUGAACCUUCUUAGAGGAAUUAAGAGAGACCAGUGGACCAAGAUGUGGGAAAAAUUGAAGGACAUUGUUCAGCACUUCCAAUAUCAGUAUCCAUCCCAUCCUUGUGAUGCUGUGGAUAUGAUUUGGGAGGCCGUUGAACGGAAGGUCUCUUCAGUACGAUUCAGAAUUCACAGGGAGAACAGAUAUCACAGAUAAAAUGACAAACAACCAGUUGAAAGAACAAGAUUUUUUUUAACCUUCCAUUCUAUGGAGAUCAUCAGAUUUACAGCUGGUUGUACAUUUUUUUUUUAAUUUAUUGAGAAACAAACAUGGCUUUUGUUGAAGAUCUGUAAAGACCUUUUCACUCCUUUAUUCAUGCUGAGCAUUAAGUAUAUUUCAUAGGUCCAUAUUGCUUCUUAGAACACAACUGAGUAGAUUAAACAUUUUGCGAAGACCUUCUGCAGGAAUGAAAUGUAACAGUACGAGGAAACAAAAAACAAA